AUGUUCCGUAUCGGGUACUUUGGUCUAUGCGGUAUUAGCGAGGAGCACGGCACCCUCUGCGGAAAUGUCUCUGGCCGCUCGGUCGAGGACCUUUCCUCCACCCUCUUUCCCGCUACCACGGCCUCUAACAAUACCCUCCUCAAGAACGAAAUCACCGACCUUAUCACUACCGCUCAGGACCUCCAGACAGAGAUAUUUAUCUCCAUCCUCGCCGGCGAUACAGUCCUCUUCAUCGUCGGCCUUAUAGCCCUCUUCUUCUUUAAGCAAGACAGAAAGAAGAACGCCACCGAUGCGCUUUUUUUGUCGGCUACUAUAACGUUUGCUUCUGCGCUUGCCACGAGCCAAAGUGCGGGUGCGCUCCAGAUUACGAGCGCGGUGAUGGAGAAUGCUUCGGUUCUGAUCAAGACUGGGACAACGAUCCAGGUUUUCCAGUGGGUUGCGUUUGGGUUUGGGUUCUCGUUUGCGGCGGUGGUGCCGUUCUUGGCGAAGCCUCGGGAGGAGAAUGGGGGUGGGGAGUAUCUUGAUAAGGAGGGGAACGUGGUUUGA